AUGGGUGCCUCUACCAAGAAGCCGCAUGCACAAGGACAUGUUGGCGUAGCAGAACGAGUAUUAAAUAUGUGCUCUCCUUCGCCGAGACAAGCAAACGAUGAGGAUUCAGAAGAGGCGCCACUCCUUCGAAAGGAGGCCAGUAGUUCCGAGCACUCAUCUUAUUCGACUUCUGACUCAUGGAAAGCCAAAAGUCAGAAAGCAAAAUUGAGAUGGUUCGUUCAAAGUACUAUGGGGGUUGUGGGUGUUUUAUUGGUAACGAUUAUAAUUGUUACCGCUUCCCUCUUCUUCACCGUUCGUUCGCCUUCAAAGCAAAUCCUUCAGCAAAGCACAUGCGACUCCGCAGCAUGCGUUCAUGCCGCUUCCGAAAUUCUAAACAACCUUUCUCCCAGAUAUACAGAGCUUGAUGCGUGUUCGAAUUUCGAAGAACUGGUCUGUGGUGGGUGGAGAGAUCAUCAUGAUUUGAGACCUGACCAAGGUGAUGCCUUUACAGGAACAAUCAUGAGCGAGAAUUCACAAACUUUGUUGAGGCACAUACUUGAAGGAGAUUAUCCCAAAGAAUCUAAACACUCGAGCUUCUCUCCCGCCAUGUUAUCAUCAUCUCCCGCUUCCCUGGACGAAGAGAAUUUUGAUAAGCUCAAGGCAGGCUAUAAUGCAUGCAUGAAUGAAACCAAGAUUAAGACUGUCGGCAUCGCUCCUUUACAAGAAAUUACGCAGCAAGUAACAGAUAUGUUUUCGGUUAGAGACUAUAAGCACUUGCUCAUGAAGUCAGAGGACUAUAGCAGUCUUACAGAAACUAUUGAAUACAUGGCUAAAUUGGGAUCUUCGGCGCUUAUAUCAUCUGGUACCGGACCUGACGACAAAGACCCCGACACCGUCAUCGUUCAGGUAGCACCGCCUUACAGAAUCGGCCUCCCAUCGAAGGAGUAUUACGACAAUGAAAAGGUAGUAAACGACUAUACUCAGACUAUUGCGCAAGUCAUCCCCAAGUUUCUACCAGAGCAUCAAAACAGUAAGGGGCUUGAUCGUAACAACAUUGCUGCACAAGACAAAGCAACAGACCUUGCCCGUGAUGUAGUUGCUCUCGAGAAGAAACUAGCUGCUGCUUCUCCAAACAAUGAAGAUAGAGACGAUGUCACAAAAACCUACAACCCAAUGUCCCUCCAAGAGGCUGACAAACUGACUCCUCAAAUUCAUCUAUCCAAAAUAAUUCACAGUCUAAUUCCUGCGGAUGUUCAACUCGAUCGAUUGAUCAUUGCAUCGCCAAGUUACAUGCAAGCAUUAUCAGAAGUGCUAAAAACUACCCCAAAGGAAACGUUACAAACAUACUUCGUAUGGAAGCUUAUUCAGACAUUCUAUACAGAGAUUGAAGCAGAUGAAUUAAAGCCAUAUCGAAAAUUCAUCAAUGAGCUUCAAGGAAAGGAUGCGGAUUCUCAACCGGAACGAUGGAGAACUUGUGUAUCGCAUGUUGAUGAUGGACUCGGCUGGAUUUUGAGUCGAUUCUUCGUAGAGAAGGCCUUUUCGGCUGAUGCCAAGGACUUUGGGGAUCAAAUUGUCUCUGAUAUCAAAGAGAUGUUCAUUGAAAAACUCAAGGCAACUACAUGGAUGGAUGCUAGUGUCAUUGACUUGGGCAUUGAGAAAGUACACAAAAUCGUUCAGAAGAUCGGAUAUCCUACACAGAGCCCAGAUAUCAUGGAUCCCGAGAACCUUCACAGUUACUACCAAUCUGUUCAAGUAUCGGAUUCGGCUUAUUUCAAGAACUCCUUGAAUAUGAGACGAUUUGAUAUUGCUCGUGAAUGGUCAAGUCUGGGAAAGCCAGUCGAUAGAAAUGAAUGGGGUAUGACGGUACCAACAGUGAAUGCUUAUUAUAACCCGCCUGGAAACGAAAUUGUUUUCCCAGCCGGUAUCAUGCAAUUUCCAGUUUUCGACGUAGCCGUUCCUCAGUAUCUUAGUUACGGUGCUUUCGGAGCUGUUUCUGGACACGAAUUAUCUCAUGCAUUUGAUUCUACAGGUCGUCAUUAUGAUCAAAAUGGCAACUACACGGAUUGGUGGACACCAUCUACUGUAGCUGCAUUCAAAGAGCGUGCUCAAUGUUUCAUUGAUCAAUAUGGCAACUACAGUAUUCCCGGCCCAGACGACAAACCUCUUUACGUCAAUGGCAAGCUCACCUUGGGAGAGAAUAUCGCAGAUGCUGGAGGACUUUCUGCUUCUUUCGCUGCAUGGAAGAAACGUCAAGGGGAGAGUAAUGAGAAGAAUCAAAAUCUUCCAGGAUUAUCAGAACAUUUCUCACAAGAUCAAUUGUUCUUUGUUAGUUAUGCUAACUGGUGGUGUGGAAAGACGACGAAGGAAACGGCAAUUAAUAGACUCUAUACCGAUCCGCAUGCACCAAAGUGGGCAAGGGUAUUGGGUACCAUGGCUAAUAGUCGAGAAUUCAAGGAGGCUUUUAGUUGUAAGGAGAAGGAACCAGUUUGUGAGUUGUGGUAG